AUGAUGGGUGGCUUCAAUGGGCAGGUAGACUACAGUGACUUUUGGGUGUACUCCGAGGACACCAACAAGUGGACUCUUCUGUCUAGAGACACCGCACGCGAUGGUGGACCCGGUCCACGUGCCUGCCACAAAGUAUGUUU